AUGGUGAGACUAGAUACAGAGGAUCCUAACUUCAUGCAAUGGAAAAGGUGUGAUGAUAUGGUGACCUCUUGGAUUCUGAAUUCUCUCUCACCUGAUCUGAGAGAUAGCCUGCAAUAUGUCAACAAUGUCAAAGAGCUUUGGGAAGAAUUGGAGGAUAGGUAUGACCAAAUAAAUGGUUGCAAGUUGUAUCAGCUCCAACAGGAGAUAAAUGAUCUUGUGCAGGGUAACUUAGAUGUUACUGGAUAUUAUACAAAGAUGAAGAAGUUGUGGAAAGAAAUGAAUACAAUAGACAUCAACUCUCAAUGUACUUGUGUGCGCAUAAAUGGUGGAAAAAACAAGAUGCGCAAGGUUGAGCAAGAUAAAAGACUUAUACACUUCUUGAUAGGUUUGAAUGAGAUGUACACUGCUAUAAGAGGCAACAUCGUGAUGAUGAGUACAUUGCCCAACAUGGCACAGGCUUUUGCUAUAUUGUCACAAGAAGAAAAACAAAGAUAA